CUUCACUAACAAUGGCACACCGCAUCAUCGACGGCGUACUCAUCCACGACCACGCAACGCCAGUCGCCCCAGGACCAGUGGGGCCAGGCGCGCCGACCCCGCCGCCGCAGCACGUGGCCCGGCUGCCCGUGGUGCGGAGGUCGCCGCCAGACGCCGCCGAGGGGAGCAGCCAGGCGGAAGCGAACAAGCGGCGCCGGGCCAAGAUUCCCGUCGCGUGCGAGGCGUGUCGCAAGCGAAGGUCACGGUGCGACUUGAUCGACGCGAACGGGUGCCAUCGGUGCAAGCAGCUCGGGAGCGAGUGCAGCUUUGCCGGCAGCAGUGCGUACCACGCCAUCUCGACGCUGCAGCCCAGCGCGGCCGACUCGGACAAGCAGCACGUUGUUCCGAUCCCGCGCGACGUGGAGAACCAGCUCGACCAGCUACGCCUGCGCGUCGCGCAGCUCGAGCAGGCGCUGUCCGGUCUCGUGCGGGAGGGGCAGAGCCGCGAGAGAGAACAGCUGGGACACGAGAGCAACGCGCGUGGUCGCGUCGGCGGGUACGCCAGCGUCCGCGGAAGCGGGAGCGAAGACCGCGCCGGCCCACGAGACGAGGCGUGGUACCGCGAGUGGGCGGACCCCGAGGCGUUUGGCCGCAUCCACGGCGGGAUUGGUAGCAAGGAGGAGCUUGGGCUGCGGGAUCCUGUCGCCGAAGGCGUCAUUUCCGUCGACCACGCCGAGGCGGCGUACCAGAUCUUCAAGCACCACAUCACCACCGUGUUCCCCUUCCCUUCGUUCCUCCUCACGCGGUCCCGCCUCCCGUCGCACCCGUUCCUUCGCUCCGCCUGCCUGACGUACGCGACGCGCUGCUCGACGCACGCAGCGACGUUUUCGGGGGUACAGAUCCGCGAGCUCGAAGCAAACCUCACGCAGAACCUGAUGGCGUACCACCGCGGGUGCAGACCAAGCCUGGAGAGCAUCAUGGCGGGCGUGAUCCUGUCGCUGCUCCCCCACGGCCCGCUGGAAGGGAGCAGCACGACCGAUUUCGACCCGGCGCGUAUGAUCGGCAUGGCGUACGGCCAGAUCCGCGAGCUGGGAUACUCGGUCUUUGUGGCGCGCCUCGUCGACUCGAUCGAGAGCGGCACGCCGUUCGAGCUCAUCGCCGAAGCGGUCGACAACGCGCGGCUGCAUCUUAGCGUCAUGACCCGCGCCAUGUGGCACUCGGUGUCGCGUAACCCGAGCUCCGAGGUCCCGACGCCGCUCAACGCGACGCAGAAGCGGCUCAUCCAGCUGCUGCUCCAGUCUGACGCGGCGCACGAAAUCGACAAGCACCUGUUCUUUGAGAACGCGGCGCUCGAUAUUCUGCUGAAGCAGGCCGCACGCUGGCACGAGCUCGAGCGCGUCCUCAUCCCCGGCGCGACCGAGCUGCGGCGGGGGAACAGCAUCGUGUCGGACGUGUUUGACGAGAUGCUCCACUGGCGCAGCGGCGUGCUGUCCGAGCCGUCGACGCGCAGUCUGCCAUCCCUCCAGUGGCUGCUCGCCGCGACGACAUACUACAAGUGGUGGGCGGCGACUCGCAACGUGUGGUUUGCGUACCGCCUCGCGAGCCCGCUCGUCGUGCCACAGGUCAUCGCGCAGUGGGAGGUCGGGAUGGAGCUGGCCGCCGAAGCGUCCAACGAGAUGAUCACGCGGUGUAUCGCCGAAGACUGGGACCUCAAGACGUUCCCCAAGAGCAUCGGCACGGCGCUCAUCCUGUGCUUUUUGGCAAUCAGCAUGGCGCGCAUCCACCACUCGCGGUACCACGCCGACGAGGCGCUCCCGCCGCUGCUCGAUAUCGGGGGCAAGCUCGACGAGUUGCAGGUCAUGCUCGAGCGCUCCAACGAGAUCCUUGCCGAGAUGCUCCUUCGCACACGCACCAACCUUGACGACUACCGCCGCCAGCUGGACGCUCGUGGCGGGCCACAGGAGGCCCCGUUCGACUUUACAUUCGACAUGGGCUUCCGCGGGGGCCGGAUGGGCGGCGCCGAGAGCGGGCUCGACGCCAUGGACCCUUUCGCGGGGCUGGAGUACUGGUGGAACUGGCAGCUGCCAAGUGGCGAGGGGCUGGGGUUCUAGCACCGGGUGGAGUUGUGAGGGGGCCAUCACCUUGACGAUGC